GCUUUGGAGUACAUACAUUUGGCGAUUUUCGUGGUUUAGCAAUGGUUAUGCGUGUGGUGCGGAUAAUGCGAGUAGCACGAAUAUUUAAGCUUGCACGUUAUUCCAGUGGCCUGAAAUCAUUUGGUCUUACUGUUAAAACUAGUCUUCCGGAAUUAUCAAUGCUUACACUGUUUUUAUUAACAACAGUAAUCUUCUUUUCAACUUUAAUGUAUUUCGCUGAACGUGAUGAACCAAAUACAAAAUUUAAAUCAAUUCCACAUGCUGGCUGGUGGUGUAUUGUUACGAUGACAACUGUUGGUUAUGGUGAUUAUUAUCCAGAAACAUUGUUUGGUAAAUUAAUUGCUAGUUGUGCCAGUAUAUCUGGUGUAUUGGUACUUGCAUUUCCAAUAACUAUGAUUGUUGAAAAUUUCUCGCGUAAUUAUGAUAGUGAAAGGAGUGAUUUAAAACGAACACAGCGUCAACGACGAAUGGCUAAUGCUUUUAAUUAA